CCGCCCCACCAUCCAGACAUGCCACCCAACUCCUACUAUCCAGAAGCCCCGAACGACAUCACAGGCGGUCUCCCCAUCAAUCUCGAUUCCCUGCGCGAUGGCCCACCCGGGAGCAAGCCUUUCUACCCGUAUUCGACGCUCAUCCGCUAUGCGAUCAAGGGCUCACCAAACCAGAAGUUGCUACUGGAGGACAUAUACUACGCAAUCGAGAGUCGCUUCCCGUACUUCAGAACUGCCCCCUCUGGUUGGAAAAACUCGGUCCGACACAACCUCUCUUUGAACCCGUGUUUCGAGAAGGUUGCGCGUCCUCUCACGGACCGCGGCAAGGGCUCUUACUGGACCGUCAAUGACAACGUCGAUCCCCGAACCGGCGUCCACCGUAUACGCAAGAAGAAACCAAAAGGCAGCGGAGGUCGAGGUCGUACCAGCGAUGACGUCGAGGAGUAUCAGCCGCCUGAUGGUCAACCGCAGUUUGACGAUCCUAAUGCUCAAUAUGUGCCCCCUCCCCCUAUGGACCACGACGGUGCGGGGCCAAGUAGGGUGCCGCCAUAUCCUCCAUAUCCAUUUGAUCCCGCUGCAUUCCCGAUGAUCCCUCCACCUCCUCAGGGCAUGCGCUUCCCUCCCCCUCCUAUCCCCUCUUUACCCGAGGACCUCGAGAUGGACGAACAUGGUAACGUCGACUGGCACCUUGCCUGGGUGAACGAGUUGCAGCAGUUGCAGAAUGUCACGGCCGAGCAGGAGAAGGCCGGCAUUGAUCAGGAGUGGUACCGCAUGAUGCUAUUCCGGAUCCGCAGCGCGAUGCUCCUGCCCCCGCUCCCCCCUGGCGAUCACCUUGCCGGCCCACCUCCUAUGCAGCCUCCACCAGGAGAGGUGUCACCGGAUGGACAA